UCUACGACGCUGGCGCCCACAUCGGCCGCCUGCUGGCCGCGUUCUCCGGCUUCCAGCUGCGCGCGGCCGCCUGCCCAACCAACGAGUGCCUGCCGCAUGCCAGCGAGGCGGUCGGCGGCCUGCUGCGUGGUGUGAUGGCGGACGGCAGCAGCCUGCCCUGGAACGCCAUGCUGAGCGAGAACCACCGGCAGCCCGGCACCGACGGCCGCCGGCCUGCUCAGCUUCUUCCAGCCGCUGCACCAGCUGAUGGCCGACAGCGCGGCCCGCUCUUCACCGCUGCUCCCCACCAUGGAGCUCGAGGACGACCCGGCCAGCCCGCAGGACAACCGCGCCAGUCCGGCGCUGCAGGCGAUCAGUGGCCUGCCCACCGCCGUGAACAGCUGCACCAAAAUCCCAACCGAUAAACAGACGGACGCCGAGAAGGUCGUCUGCCACUGGAACGACGCGUUCGCGGCCGUGGCGAUGGACAUGACCAUGAGCGAGUGGGAGUUCGGGCUGAGCGCCAACGCCAGCAACGAGGCUGAUCUGACGGCGAGCACGCUGGCUUUCCUCGCGGCGAGGAACAACUCGCGCGGCGAGCUGCUGGCCAUCAACAUCACCGAAUGGGUACCGGAGCAGCCGAGCGAUGACGACAAAAGUCUGCAGGGCCAGAUGUUCAUCCUGUCCGAGCCAGACGCCGGGGCCGCUCAGGAGGACACCACACAGCAGCUCCUCAAGUCGACCACGGAACUUCUUAAGAAGUACGUUGAAACGUCUAUUUGCCCAUUUAAGGGAUCUUGUAAGGAGGAAGACAAACUGACCAUUUGGGACCUGCAGAAGAAAAUGGCGGUCGUUGAUACGGGCGAGAAUGAGCUCAGCUACUACUGGAAUGAGUACCGAAGGAUGUCCAAGGAUGAUCUGGCAGACACGUUCACCGACUACGUGAAGCACGGCAGGGAGGCAGCCGAGGCGGCCGGUACGGUACUCACUGUUGACAGCUCUGUGCGUACAGACCGUAGCACUACUGCAUGCUGCCGCCCUGCUUCAACCACCCGCUUGCGGUCACUGGUCAGCUGUGGUGGCUUGUGUACUGUGCUGUUCUCAGGACUGGUGUAG